AUGGAAUUAAGCAAUAUGGGAUUGUCUUUCCUCAUCGAGAAGUGUAAUUUGGAACCAUGCAAAGUCGAUGAAAUAAUCCAUGAUGCAGGUUGUCGUUUAACUGGGCACAAAUGCGGUAUAAACAUGAUAUUCAAGCUGAUUAGCCAGGGAAUAACUUAUCCAUCAAUAUCGCGAUAUUGUACUCAACGAUGUGUGUGUGAAAGCGAGGAAUUUGUUGCGAAAACUUUCCAUUGGUCCGUUGAUUACGGAAUAAUGACAACAACUUUUAUUCCGCACCUUUGGUUUUUGGAUUUUCAGUAUUGUCCACGACUCAGAUAUAAUAUGGAUGAAGAAAUAACCGACUUAGGUUGCCGUUUAACUGGUUUUAAAUGUGGAAAGAACAUGGUUUUCGUUCCCGUGGAGGAGUUUUUUUGGUAUUGUGAUGGAGGAUAUUGCAGUCUUGGAAAACAAGUCUUUGAUUAUGGCUGUAUGCUCACCGGUCUUCCUUGUGGAACUAAUAUGAUAUUCGACACCAUGAAUAAUAAUAGUACUGAAUUUUGUAUUCAGGUAUGCAAAUGUGCAGCUAAUGAUUACACUGAAAUCAACGGGCGAUGUCACAAAAAGGGCAAUAUAGCAGAUAAGUAUUUUGUUGAAAAAAUAUCACGAAAAUCAUUCAUGGUUGGUCAAAUAUUCGACGAUUUUGGUUGCUUCUCAACGCAUGUUAAAUGUGGAAAGAAUAUGGCUUUCAGUCCAAUCGUUCAAUUUCACAAUAUAUCGGGUUUAAUAUGGCAUGAAAAAUGCUUGCAGCGUUGUUCCUGUAGAAAUGAUAAAUACAUAGAGCACAAUAAAGAAUGUAUUGAGCGUACGCUUGAUAGCGCGAAUCCAGUUGAAAAGAGCACUCCUACGACUCAUCAGCCAUGUUUUAUAAAUGCAAAUUGCGAACAUGGCGACAGUAUAGUGGACAGAGGAUGUAAAUUAAGUGGUCGCAAAUGUGGAACCAAUAUGGAAUUCAGAUCAUUCUUUUUAAAUUCGUCAAUGAAUGUAUGCGUACAACAUUGUCUAUGCAAUAAUGAGAGCUUUGUAUCUAAUCGUAAAAGUUGCACUAAUCGAAAUUUUAUAUUGGUCAAUAAUUUUAAGAAUCGUCAUGAGGAACUAAAAAAGAAAAAAGAAGAAGAAAUUUUACUGAACUGCUUAUACGGGAAUUGUUCGCUUUCUCAAGAAAUCAUUGAUUAUGGCUGUAAAUUAGAAGGAUAUUCAUGUGGAUCGAAUAUGGCGUUUCGAAUAGUCGACAAAAAGAAACUUGGAGAUACGGGAAUUACUAAAUGUACAAUGAUAUGUGAAUGUGCUAAUGAAUUUUACGAAAAAGAAGGAGAAUGCAUUCCAAAAGGGCACCAAAGCAUUUUUCAUCGGUAUAGCAAUCCAUGCGUUAUACGACCAUGUGUAGUUGGCGAGAUUUUUUUUGAUGGAGGUUGUCGUUUAAGUGGGCAUGAAUGUGGAAGAAAUAUGAUAUUUGUUCCUUUUACUCAUGGAAUGAUGCUUGACUCGCAAUAUUGCUAUCAACGUUGUAGUUGUAAAAAUGAAGAAUUUAUUGAAAAAUUCUUUCAAUGCGAAAAAAUAGAUGAAAUUUUUCAAGAGAACACAAUAUAUUCCAUCAAUUCUUAUAAGUAUUGCCCUCAAGAUCAUCACAUAUAUGGAGAAGAAAUUUUUGACGAAGAUUGUCAUUUGACUGGUCAAAGAUGCGGACCAAAUAUGAUAUUUAGCAAUGUUCAAAAUUUAACUAUUGCAUGCAAACAGCGAUGUAUUUGUGAAGAAGAAUAUAAUUACGAUGAACAAUAUGAAGAAUGUGUUAGAAAAUGGUACUGUGAAGGAGGAUAUUGCAAAUUUGGGAUGGCGAUUUACGAUUAUGGCUGUGCCCUUACCGACUACAAAUGCGGAAUUAAUAUGAAAUUUAUUACUGUCAUAGAAAAUGAUGUAGGAAAUUGUAUUCAACUAUGUAGCUGCAUCGACGAACAUAUUGAAAUGGAUGGCAAAUGCCUGAAACUGGCGUAA